AUGGAUUCGGACGCACAUCGAAUAAGCUCAUCGUUAACGAUGCGCGAUAUUGGCUCCAGAUAUGUUUUGUCAUGUUGUGCUUCAUUCGUUGCUGAAAGUGCUUUUUAUGUCUUGAAGAUGAUUUGCUGUUUUUCCGCAGUAACUUAUCCGCUGGAUGUUGUCAAAACUCAAUUGCAAAUGGUACCGAAUCGUGUGAAAGUAGCUGGAAGUGAUAUUAAACGACCUACAAUGUUGCGAAUCACAUGGCGCAUUUGUAAGAUUGUGAAGGAUGAAGGUUUACGCUGUCUAUUCAGUGGACUUACUCCAGCAGUAUAUCGGCAUUUCAUUUACACAGGAUUUCGAAUGGGUAUUUAUGAAACAAUGCGGUUCGCAAUUUUUGAUCGGGAGAAACAGAAAAUUUUCUCAAUAUGGCAAUCGGCAGUUUGCGGUUUAGUAUCUGGUGCUAUUGCGCAAUUUCUGGCAUCACCAAUGGAUUUAGUCAAAGUUCAAAUGCAAGCAAGGAGACUUAGGAAGUCGGACAAUUUCCAACCUCGAUUUCGGAAUUCAUAUCAUGUUUUUGUUGCUCUUUACACGAGUAACGGUUUCACUGGUCUGUGGAGUGGUUGGCUUCCAAACACUCAACGCGCAGCUUUAUUGAAUAUGGCUGAUCUUGCGACAUACGAUCAUACGAAGCAUUGGUUGAUAGCGAAGGGUUACCGGGAUAAUUAUUAUACACAUUUUAUUGCCAGUCUUGUUUCGGGGAUGGCUGCUGCGAUCAUAUCUACUCCAGCGGAUGUUGUAAAAACACGAAUAAUGACUCAGUCACGCGGUACUGGUGAAAAAUCAACGCAUCAAUACAAGGGAUCUUACGAUUGUCUAAAACAGAUUUGUCGGGAUGAAGGCUUUUUUGCAUUGUACAAAGGCUUCGUGCCAUCAUAUGUGCGAUCGGCACCCUGGUCAUUGGUCUUUUGGUUAACAUACGAGCAGCUGCGAAUAUCAGAGCACCUGAAAGCAGAUCGCAGAGGCGACGACGAAAGUAGCGAUCUCAGCCUGAUUUUGCGUAGCGUUCCUGCAGCGGUGGCCAUCGGCUGCACUAAGGAAGAGCUUAAUUCAGCACAGUGGUCCGUCUUUCCGGUCAUAUUUGUCCCAUACUGGUAUGAGUACUGGAUUUUUUGCUUGAAAUGGUUCCAGACUUCUGACAGACUGGAUCAGCAGAAGCAGAAAUUGGACAUGGAUGGUUUAUCGGCGGCUAGUGCCUCGAAAGAAACGGGAACUGGAAGUAGCGAUACUGCUUCCACUUCAUACCAACAGUGUAUGCCAUUUGAUCCAAUUUUUGUUCAACUUAAGUCCAAUUUGGGUAUAAGUGAUGAUGAGCUUUGUCCAGAAAUCUACAUUUAUGAUGUUUUAGAUCCGGAAAUGAGUGCUGAACAAAAGUUUUUCUUGUACGAACUUGAAACGACCGAUUCGGGUAGUGUUGGUUUGGUGCUAAGAGCAAUCUAUGAUUGCGGCGAUGUUCACAAAUUCGCACGUGCUCUAGAGCAUCGUAUACAUCAUUAUGAUAAAAGCAUCCAGAGAAUUUGUUCGUAUCAUUAUCAAGGGUAUGUUGAUGCAAUGAAACAAUUGUUGCAAUUAAAGACGCGAAGUUUGGAAAUCAAGGAUGAAGUUAACGCAGUAGAUCACAAUAUCCAAGAAAGUAGCAAAGAGUUACGAAAACGUGGUGCGGAAAUUGUGCGUUAUAGAAAACUGCAAAGGAAUGCAAACACAGCUAUCGAUCACAUUUCACUGUGCUUACCCGUGCUUGAAAAUUAUGCGAAACUAAAUGAGCAUAUGCAGCAGAAGAAGUUUUAUCAAGCAUUGAAAGUAUUGGAAGAAUUGGAACAUACCUACAUGAUUCAUGUUGAUAACUAUCGUUUUACACAAACAUUGAAAAAAUCAUUACUUCCAAUUCGUGAACAAAUCAAGGAAAAAUCGUUUUCUGAGUUUACGGAUUUUCUGGAAGAUAUCCGGAAAGUUUCCGGACGUAUUGGGCAGCAUGCUUCAAAAUGUACUGCUGAACAACACUCUUUUGGGAUGACAGAAGCUGAACGUGUGAAACGUCUACAGGAAGAGGCGAAGAAGAAUGCUGUAAAUGGUGAUAUCGUGCUUUCAUCGGAUGGUUCAGUUGUCAAGAAAAAUGACAAGGGACAACAAAAAACGGUGCAACUACCUGUUCUUGAAGAGGAUGAAUUACUUAGUGCUCAAGAUCUUAUAGAUUUCACACCUAUUCAUCGUUGCUGUCAAAUCUUCAAUGUCAUUGGUGAAAAAGAGACUUUCGAGGCCUACUAUAGAAAGCAACGGAAGGAGCAAGCAGUGGUUGUUAUUCGACCGCCAGACAAAUUGCAAGAAUCAAUACAUUCUUACGUCAAGUAUUUGGAUGAAAUUAUUGGCUUUUUCGUAGUCGAAGAUCAUAUUAUGCAAACCGAAUCUAGUCUGGUAACGGCUUCUUAUAGGGAUCAGCUUUGGGAGAUGGCAUUACAUCAAGUUACAACCACCAUGAAUGCUCAUUUUGGAGGCUGUUUGGAUGUUGAGAUGAUGUUGAAAAUGAAGAAAGUAAUUUUGUUGUUUGCGAUGACAAUGAAAAGUUAUGGAUUUGGAAUUGGUUCUCUUUACACCCUGCUUCAAAAUUUCAGAGAUCAGUAUAACGAAAUUUUGAUGCGAGAAUAUUGUGCCCAAUUCGAACGGGACCUUGAAAGUGACAAUUAUACGCCAAUCACAGCAAAAGAUGAAGAAGCAUUCAAGGCAGUAGUGACACAGUUCCCCUUCUACCGAAGAGGAAUGGAUCAGGAGCCUUAUCCUCGGGUGUUUCCGUUUUCCAAGUUCGUACCAGCAGUAUAUGGUCAAGCGAAGAAUUAUCUUGUUGGAUGCUUGAAAUUUAUGGAGCACUUACAGCUCUCUCCCACUGAGGUUGAUGACACAGUGCGCCGUUAUGCAAAUGUACUUCUUGCACGGUGGUCAGGUUCUUUGAAAAGUUUUGUAGCUAACAAAAAGCGAACUCUCAUACAGCUUGUUCAAAUUACAAUUAAUAUCGGUUAUCUGGAGAAGACGUGCGAGUCGCUGGAGCAUUAUAUCAGUAAAUUAACAAACGCAAGUAACAGUUCUGGUGGCACAACAGGACAUUUAGUUACGUUAAAGGAUCAGGUUUUUAGAGAUGCGCGUUCCGAAGUGGAGCAACAGAUUGAUGACGCACUUCGUGACAAAGUGGAUGCUUUUCUUGAUCUUGCUAACUACGAUUGGGAACUGUCAGGUUCAAGUGGUCGGGCGAGUGACUACAUUACAGAUUUGAUUAAAUUUUUGGAAACAACUUUCGUUUCAUUCAGCAAUUUGCCGAGCCUUUUGGCAAGACAUGUUUGUAUGCAGACUUGUAAAUAUUUGGCAAAUCGAUUAACAGAGUUGCUUCUGAAUACAGAUUUGAAAUCUGUAAGUACUGGUGCACUAGAUCAGUUCGAUUUGGAUGUGAUACAAUGCGAAUUAUUUGCUUCUCAGUGCCCUGUUGCAGGAUUGGAAGACGGAACUCUUGCGAUGACUUUUGCCAGUUUGAGACAACUUCUUGAUUUAGUUAUGAAGGCUGAUUGGUCAACUUAUUUGGCUGAUUACGGAAAAGAAGAAAGCAAGUAUUCAAGGGUUAAAGCCUCUCAUGCGAUUGUUUUAUUGGAGAAGCUAAUUGAAUUCGAACGCAAAUCAUCAAGUUUUUUCGCCAAAGGUCGUGAGAAGGAUCGUAAAAAACUUCUGGAUACAAUUCUUCGCCAACUGCGAGCUCUUGCCAAUCAGUGA